GACCCCACAGUUUACUCAGUACGUUACGGGUAUUGAGUUACUCAGUACGCAAUCCGCUUCCUCGCGCGGGUAGUAUAUGAUCCGCGCCCCUACCGAUUCCCAGUUCUCUUGUCAUUCUCUCUCCUGCUGUCAUAGCCUCUCUUCCCCUCAACCGCCGCUGCCUCCCAAACGCUCCCAAAAGUAGCAAAAGCCAAAUACCCCCUUAUACCUCCGAAUCCUCACUGCCAAACGACCUCGAAUGGGAAAAUCCCAAAUCAAAAGAAAAGCCAUGAAGAGGCCCAAAAGGCCGGAUUCGGAUGAUAUUAGUCAGCGUUCGAGGGUGAAGCGUCGUGCCAAUAACAAGCAUGCUCAAAGCCCAUCGCCAAGCCUGUCCUCAGGGCAAAAUUCAUCUGAGGAACUCUCAGGGAUUGUGACUUCUGAGGAAGAGGUGGUUUGUAAGGAACCUUCAAUGUAUGACGGCUUGCUAAUGGCGCUUGGAUCUGGUAGCGGAUCUUUUGCUGACUUGUAUAAGAGGAGACAGAGAGAACAAGAGGGUAGAAGUGAUACAGAGGAAGAUGAAGAUGGUGAUUCUGAAUCCCCUAGUGCUUCUGUAGAAGAAGCUGGUGACGAAGAAGGAUCUGAUGACGAGUCUAAGUUCCAUCAAAUGGAAAAUGAACGAAGUGAACAUAGUCCAAUUGAUCUUGUGGAAGAAGCUGAAAUGGAAGAAGACAAUGAAGCCUCUGAUGAGGAUCAUGCAAAUGAUUUGGAAGUCAAUGGUCAAGAUGCUGAUGCAUCGAAAAGCACAAGUUCCUUCAAUGAUCACCUAGGACGCACGUUAUCAGAGGCAGAGGUGGACGAUUUGAUUAAAAGCAAAUGGAAGUUCAAAUGGGAGGCGCCUGCUGUUAACAUGUCAAUGUCAAAGUGGGUAGGAACAGGACACUGUUGUUUGAAGGAGACUGAUAAUGAUUCUGCAUAUGAUCUUAAACUAAGGCUGUAUAAGCAUUGGCAAGAUGUUUACAAAACUUCAGGGGGCAAAGAUUUUCACUCUUCUAAGCAAAGACAAUUCUUCUCACUUUGCAAUACUUAUCGUGAUAUAAUGCACUGUAACAAGAAGCCCUUUUAUCUCAAAGGUCUGGAAGAUGACUCAAGUAUCAUGGACGCGUACAUUAUGCAUGUUUUGAAUCAUGUUUUUAGGACUAGAGAUCUUGUGACAAAGAAUGAUGCGAAAGUAGCCAAGCAUGGAGAUAGUAUUAAAGAGGAGAUAAUUAAUGCUGACAAGUUCCUUGAUCACGGGUUUACUCGUCCUAAGGUUCUGAUCCUAUUGCCACUUCGGAGCAUUGCCCUGCGUGUCGUUAAGAGACUAAUACAACUAACCCCAUCAUCACACAGGGUGAAUGUGGAGCACAUUGAUCGUUUUUCCAAAGAGUUUGGAAUGGUGAAAGAUGAUGAUGAUAAUGACAAGUUACCAAACAAUGUUCAUGGUCAUGAAGAUAAAAAAUCUCAAAAAUCAUCAAAGCCUGCAGACUUCGAAGCCCUUUUUAGUGGGAAUGAUGAUGACCACUUUAUGAUAGGCAUCAAGUUUACCAAGAGAAGCAUAAAGCUCUACAGUGACUUCUAUUCUUCAGACAUGAUUGUUGCAUCUCCUCUUGGACUAGUUACUAAAAUCGGUGAGGCUGAAGUUGAGAAGGAGAAAGAUGUUGAUUAUCUCUCAUCAAUUGAGGUUCUAAUAAUUGAUCAUGCGGAUGUAAUAGCAAUGCAGAAUUGGUCCCACGUGAAUUCAGUGGUCGAACAACUGAAUCAUUUACCAUCUAAGCAGCAUGGAACUGAUUUUAUGCGCAUUAGACAAUGGUAUCUGAAUGGACAUGCUCGGUUUUAUCGGCAAACUAUAGUCUUAGGUUCUUUUCUUAACCCAGAGAUAAAUGCACUGUUCAAUCACCUUUGUGUAAACUACCAAGGGAAGGUGAAGUUGAUAUCUGAAUACAAGGGUGUUCUUCCAAAAGUGCUACUGCAAGUGCGGCAGGUUUAUCAGUGUUUUGAGGCCACUUCCAUUGUUGAUGCUGAUGAUGCCCGCCUUGAUUAUUUUGCAAAGAAGGUUUUCCCCAAGAUAAAGGAUUCUAUUCAGGGCGGAACUAUGCUAUUCAUCAGUUCCUACUUUGAAUUUGUUCGGCUACGAAAUUUCUUGAAAUCACAAAAUGCCUCCUUCUGUUUGCUUGGGGAGUACACAAAGCCCCAAGAUAUAUCUCGAGCACGGGUUCACUUUUUUGAAGGAAGUCGGAAAAUCAUGCUUUACACUGAGCGGGCUCACUUCUAUCGUAGAUACAAGAUUCGAGGCAUAAAGAAUUUAAUCAUCUACUCUCUUCCAGAGAGAAAGGAAUUCUACCCUGAGAUUCUAAAUAUGCUUGAAGGACCUGAAAACAUGGACUGCACCGUACUUUUUUCGCACUUUGAUCAGCUGCGGCUUGAGAGAAUUGUCGGGACUCCUGCCGCGAAAAGGAUGCUGUCAUCCACCAAGGACAUCUUCAUUUUCUGCUGAAACUGAAACAGGUGCAGUAGAAACAUUGCCAUGGGGAACUUGUUGCAGCAGCCGAAUCCCUGAGGAAGAUUUUGCAGCUUAAAAUAUCGGUUCUAUUUAUGGUGAACCAUCAGCCCGACAAAAAACUGUCCACUGUAUUUUUUGCAUGAAUUGCUGAAAGUGAUACCAAAGUAUAAUAAUUCGCACGAUCUCUAUCUCGCUAUAGAUCAAAAUCUGGCUCCAGAAUCAAGGGCCCAUUUGGAUUUGUUUUGAAUCUUGAUUGAAAUGGAUAGAAGAGCCUGGAUAUGUUUGUUUU